GUAACGGACAGGAAGGAAGCUCGCUUUCUCCUUUGCUUCUGGUCCUCCCAACCCAUCCGAAUCGAUGGGCCAAUCCAUCGGCACCCUGUUUCCACUCCGGUUCCGGCUUUGGCUGGGCAGAAAGCUCUACCGGCCCUUCAAUUCCUCCGUGGUGAGAGUCAGCCGGCAUCGCGUCAUCAAGGGACCAUGCGAUCCCCCCGAAGUCGAGGCCAUGCAAUACAUCGCCGAGCAUACAACGAUCCCGGUACCCAAGGUCUACAAAGUGCACACUACUUCGGACCACCGUAUAUACAUCGAGAUGGAGUACGUGGAGGGCGUGACCCUGGAUAGCGCUUGGAGGAAAGAAGGCCGCCUCACGCCGGAGCAGAAGAAGACCAUUUUCGAAGAUAUCAAGGACUAUGUUUCCGUUCUCCGGGCGCUCCCGCCGCCCGCCGACGAUCUUGUCGCGUCCGCGCUGCAAAACCCCGCCUAUGACUGCCGCAUCGGUUCUCGUUUCCUCGGCCCCUUUACCCAUGCCGACUUUCAUUCCUUGCUACGACAACGUAUGCCCCUGGAGUACGUCGAGUCGUGUCUCGGGGACGAAGUGGCAAAGGUGCAUACUACCGCCUCCUACCGAACCUGUUUCACGCACGGGGAUCUGGUGCCGAGAAACAUCAUCGUGAGAGACGGACGCGUCGCUGCCCUCAUCGACUGGGGCUUUGCGGGCUGGUACCCGGAGUACUGGGAGUUCACCAAGGCGCACUACGACUACUUCCCGGGGGAGGACUGGUGGGAGCAUCUUCGCGAGGCGCUUCCUUGUUAUGACGCCGAGCUGGCGGCGGAGCGAAUCCUCUGGCAGAUGGUCGCCGACCCGGGUACGCCGACCACGUACUCCCGAGAGGGGGUUGUCCGUAAAACGCCGGGCUCGAAGCCUUCGGAGACGUGGCUAGAGGCGAGAGCAGGUCGGCAACUAAAGGAUCUAUGGUCUGUCGCUUUGUUGUCACCACGUCACAGUAGCGGGUCGUAAUCAUGAGCUGUGCUCUCUCUCGAUACCAGCUUUCCCUUUCUUUGCAAAACGACAAACUGCCCCCGUAUGCAGUGUUGUGAUUGUGAAGGCUUCAGCUUCCAGUCUUGCACUUGACUUGACGAGGUGCGGUGCCCUCGAUGUCGAUGAUGGCUCGAGGGUUGUCUACGAAGUAGAUAGAUGGAGGCCUGGUAUCCUCCAACCCCAGAACAGAUAUUCUGCCGGGCGAACAAGACAGUCUAUAACUCGAGGGGAAAGAGAAGAAAAGAAAAAAAAAAAAAGAAGAAAAAAAGA